UUCUUUCAUAAAGAAGAAGAUACCAUCAUUCUUCUCAAAUUCAAACAGUUUUCUGUGGUUUCUUCAAAAUCGAACUUGCGAAAUCUCAAUUGGAGUAAGAACUGAUCACAGGAAAGAUGAGCGUGAUCGAAAUUUUAACUCGAGUUGAUGCAAUUUGCAAGAAGUACGACAAGUACGAUGUCGAAAAGCAGAGAGAUCUUAAUGUAUCUGGUGACGACGCCUUUGCUCGGCUCUACGCCGCAGUAGAAUCUGACAUUGAGAGUGCUCUCCAGAAAGCGGAGACUGCUAGCAAUGAGAAAAAUAGGGCUUCGGUGGUGGCGAUUAACGCUGAGAUACGACGCACCAAAGCCAAGUUACUGGAAGAAAUCCCUAAGUUGCAGCGAUUAGCUAUGAAGAAGGUAAAAGGACUUGCUCCAGAAGAGUUUGCAGCUCGUAAUGACUUGGUUCUCGCACUUCCGGAUAGGAUUCAAGCAAUACCUGAUGGGGGUGCUGCUGCACCCAAACAGUCUGGAGGCUGGGCAGCUUCAGCAUCUCGUACACAAAUCAAAUUUGACUCAUCAGAUGGACGAUUUGAUGAUGAAUACUUCCAGCAAACCGAAGAGUCUAGCCAAUUCAGGAAUGAAUAUGAAAUGAGAAAAAUGAAGCAGGAUCAAGGCUUGGAAAUGAUAUCAGAAGGUCUAGAUACAUUGAAAAACAUGGCGCAAGAUAUGAACGAGGAAGUAGACAGGCAGGUUCCUUUGAUGGAUGAAAUAGAUGACAAGGUGGAUAAGGCAACUUCAGACCUUAGGAAUACCAAUGUUAGACUUAAACACACUGUUAAUCAGCUGAGAUCUAGUCGGAAUUUCUGUAUUGACAUUAUAUUGCUGUGUGUAAUUCUGGGAAUUGCAGCCUACUUAUACAAUGUGUUGAAGUGAAAAUUUGAACAUAAUGGAAUCUCAUCUGGUUUGCUCAUGUGAUGAUGGACUGGUUUGCCUCUGAGUUAUGUAUGUUCUUGCAUUUAGAUUUGAACUUCUCUUGUCAUUUUCAUUUAUGCUUUGUAUGUCUAUUAUGCGAUAUAUUUCUAUCAUUGUUCAAAUAUAACUACGUAUGCCAUUUUUACUUUCUUAUUGUA